CGGAUGUAGUAGUAAAUCACGUGGCCGGAGGUGAAGCACAUUGUUUCGCGGCAUGUUUCAUAUUUGUGUAGAAUGAGAAGAAAGUUGAUGUUUUUCCCCAUGGUUGUUAUUUCCUAUUUUUAACUGGAACGAUCCUGCGCGCAUUAUAUCUGGAGAAAGUAAAUCAUAUUUGCUGAAAUCGCUCAUUUAAAACGCAAUGUACUGCUGUCCCUGAUACUAACGGGAGUGUUAGUGAUAAUACAUGACCAGUUGAGGAGUUUUUCCAUUUAUAGUUCAGUUCGUGUGUAAAUGGCUGGGAUUCUGUUCGAGGAUAUCUUUGAUGUGAAGGAUAUUGACCCAGAUGGCAAAAAGUUUGACAGAGUGUCUCGUUUUCACUGUGAAAGUGAGUCUUUCAAAAUGGACCUGAUCCUCGACGUGAACAUCCAGAUUUAUCCGGUUGAUCUCGGUGACAAGUUCAGACUGGUGAUUGCCAGCACGCUGUUUGAGGACGGGACGCCGGAUGACGGGGAAUACAACCCUCAGGACGACAGGCCGUCCAGGGCUGAUCAGUUUGAUUAUGUCAUGUAUGGAAAGGUUUAUAGGAUUGAAGGAGAUGAAACCUCGACAGAAGCGGCCACACGACUAUCUGCGUAUGUGUCAUAUGGAGGUCUGCUAAUGCGACUUCAGGGAGAUGCUAAUAAUCUGCAUGGAUUUGAAGUGGACUCCAGGGUCUAUCUCCUGAUGAAGAAACUGGCUUUCUGAUCGUGUCUCAUGUCCUGAAGGACACUCGCUUCUGAGGACUGAGAAAACAUAUGCAUUCUUAUCAUCAUCAUCACGUUUUUCUUCUUUUUUACCUUUGAGGCUUUCCCGUUGAUGAGAAACUGGUAUUGCUAAUAAUAUCUGGAAACUGUGGCCCAUGGUACAUUACUUUAAAAAAACAUAUAUGGUUACACAUAUAUAUUCAAACCAUACGACUGCUCAGUUGAUGAACUGUUUUCUCAUUGCAUCUAGUGCAUGUGCACUACAUCGGCCAAACAAAUCUCUGGU